AUGAAGGGCGAUGAUGAUGAGGAGGUAAGGAGGACUCGAAGAGAAUGCGCGUCGACGAUGAGGUCGCCGGAGACGACGAUGUCGUUGAGGAAAAUUCUGUUUGGUGAUGAGCUGCGGACGGUGCAGCCUGAUACCGAUGCGCUCGGUGCUUGUGGUUUUCUCGGUGGCACGGCGUGUCCUGAUACCCGCGACAGCUUGCCCACUGGUAUCAGGCACACCACAUGCCACCAUUAA